AUGCUCGAAAAACGAGAGCCUGAUUUUUUCCAAAUAGCCACUAACUCAUGUUAUGAGUGCGUAAACCAAAGCACAAAGGAUGGACUCUAUGAACGCCCGUCUAUCGAACUCGAAAAACAGGACCUCUCAAGUAUCCAGUACUUUACACUAAAUUAG